AUGGAAGAUUAUGAGGUAUAUGGGAUCAGUAAAUCUAGAAAUACGGUCAGUCAUUUCUCUUUAUUUUCAGAUUGUGAUCCUAUGUCUUUCACUGAUGCCGUCAAUGAUCCAAAGUGGCAGCAAGCCAUGGAUAACGAGAAUAGAUCAAUUGAAAGAAAUGAUACAUGGGAGUUGAUAAAUCUUCCAGAAAAUCAGAAAACUAUUGGUGUCAAAUGGGUUUACAAAACAAAGUUGAAGGAAAACAGAGAGGUCGACAAGUUCAAAGCUUGCUUAGUAGCAAAAGGCUAUAAGCAAGAAUAUGGUGUUGACUAUGAAGAAGUGUUUGCUACCAUUGCUCGAUUAGAUACCAUAAUAUUAGUGAUAGCUUUGGUGCUAAAAAUUCUUGGAAAAUCUUCCAGUUGGAUGUGA